AUGACAUCCCUUCUCGACCGUAUCAGUCUUCCCGGAAACAAUGGGUCCGUAGGACCUGUGCGCAGCAGGGGCAACCGCGCAGGGGGAACAAGCCCAUACAAUCGGAACCAGAGGCCCCCGAAAGGCGACGUCAAUGGCACCUGGGAACACGACCUCUAUCAUGGACCUGGCUCCCAGUCCGACUCUCGCUCACUCAGUGCACGCCUCUCUGCCGCACCCGCGGGUGCGCCAAAAAUGAACUUUUCUGGCGCAGACCGUGCGCUGCGCGAGGCGCUGGGGGAGAAAGGGCUUUCCAUCAAGGGCGCCAGCUCGAGAGGGAACGUCGUGCAGGUCGGUGGACUGGCGAAGGGAACGUCCGCUGCGGACGUCGAGGCUAUCUUCAAGCGCUGCGGACCCAUCACCAACGCGGUCCUCAGCAGCAACCGCGACUCACCGACUGUGCGUCUCACUUUCAAGCACGAGAAAGAUGCACAGGCCGCUGUGACCAAGUUCCACGGGCAGCCGGCCGACGGUCGGUUGCUUGAAGUGAAAAUUGUCGGUGGAGUGAACGCAACGCUGAGUGGUCGCAUGGGAAUUGCCGUGCAGGACGACAGUGUGGACGUGCUUAUGGGCGAUGACGCCAAUUCAAGUGGAUCAAAACUGCGCUCGGACGAUAUCCUUGCCAAGGAUACCCGAGCGCAUGUCCUCGUCGCGCCACCUGGCAUGGAUCCAACAGAGUACACUCAGCGACCCAAUCGCGGUGGCCGAGGGCGAGGCCGCGGACGAGGUGGCAGGCGUGGUGGAGGCGGUACGAGAAUGGAAGUGGAUGUCUGA